UUUUCUUCACUUCACUCACCCUGCUCUCUCUCUCUCUCUCUCUCUCCAACUGUUAAAGGUCGUAUGAAGAUCGUCUUUUUUUGCCUUUUCUUUGCUUUAAAGUGAUGCAGGCAGAAGAAAUCACCACCCAAUCAGUAAAAAAAAAAUGCAAAGCUUCAAAGCAGCGUCAACAAACCCAGAAUUCUACUCCCACUCUUCCUUCUAUUUCAGGGGAGACGACAGUGACCGGAACCAAACGCGUUUUACGGAUCUUGGAGAGCUUGAACAGUCCGCUACCGUCUUCCCUCACGAUGAUGUUGUUGUUUUAAGCCCAAGCUCCAUGUUCAGCUUAAAAGCAAACAAUGUUGGCGGUGUACCCGAUAGCUUGCAGUACGGGACCUUGAACGUUGGCGGGUGUUUAGACAUAGGAUCAACUAUAACCGGAACAGGAGGAGGAGGGUGUGUGGACACAGGACAGCAGCAGCCAUACAUGUACCAGCAGCAGAAAGGGACGACGUCGUCUGGAAACGGACACUUUGAGAAUUGGGGUGAUAAUUCAGCCAUGGCUGACAACAGCCAGCAGACUGACACUUCGACGGAUGUUGACACCGAUGACAAAAACCAUCUUCAUGGAGUGCAGCAUGGAGCACUAAUGGUAGUGGAUUCCACAGAGCAGGCAAAGGAAAGAACUACUGGUGACCAAAAGACACUACGUAGGCUGGCCCAGAACAGAGAAGCAGCAAAGAAGAGUCGACUAAGGAAGAAAGCAUAUGUCCAGCAGCUGGAAAAUAGUCGACUUAGGCUUUCGCAGCUAGAGCAAGAGCUUCAGCGAGCCCGCCAGCAGGGUAUAUAUAUUGCAGAUGGACUUCCAGGGGAUCAUGGUCAUUCAGUGGCAGGAAAUGGGGCCUUAACAUUCAACUUGGAGUAUGCACGCUGGCUUGAAGAACAUCAGCGGCUAAUACAUGAAAUGCGAUCAGCUGUGAAUUCCCAUAUGGGAGAUAAUGAAUUGCGGAUUCUAGUUGACAGCGUAAUGACACAUUAUGAUGAGAUAUUCAGGUUGAAGAGCAUUGCUGCAAAGAUUGAUGUGUUUCACAUGCUCUCUGGCAUGUGGAAGACGCCCGCUGAAAGGUGUUUUAUGUGGUUGGGUGGAUUCCGCUCGUCUGAACUUCUCAAGAUACUUGGGAACCACCUCGAACCUUUGACAGACCAGCAGUUGAUGGGAAUAUGCAAUCUGCAGCAAUCCUCCCAACAGGCUGAAGAUGCCUUGUCGCAAGGGAUGGAAGCUUUGCAACAAUCUCUUGUGGAAACACUUUCCUCGCCGAGUCAUUGCCCCACUGGUUCUGAUAAUGUCGCGGACUACAUGGGCCAAAUGGCAAUUGCUAUGGGAAAGCUGGCCACACUUGAGAAUUUCCUUCACCAGGCUGACCUUUUGAGACAGCAAACUCUGCAACAAUUGCAUCGGAUUCUGACCACUCGCCAAGCAGCUCGCGCCCUUCUUGUCAUCAGUGAGCACUUCUCUCGUCUCCGAGCACUCAGUUCUUUAUGGCAAGCGCGUCCUAGGGACUAAUGUUGUUCGCUAUCAGCUCCGCCCCACCUUAGGACCUACAAAAAAAAGUUAGGUAUUUCCCCCCUUGUUAGUAAACCAGCUCUAGUGCCGAGACCAUGAAGAUGGUUAACUAUCAAAAAUGCAGAUUCGGACUCUUCGGACGCCCUUUUUUUUCCUUAUUUUUCCUUAUGAAGCUUUUCGAAACGUCGAUAAUUAGGUAAGGUCGACUGGUGAUUCCCUAGCAUGUAAUUAAGUUAAAAGAAUAUGUCCUCUUUGGCAUAAAUGGAUGGAUGUAUACUCAUUUUAGCAUUAUGUUCUAUACUAAUCGCAUCAGAUAGUCUGUGGGGACUGGAAGCA